GUCAGCGGCGGCGGCGGUGGCGGCGACCGUCAGUUUUCGCUGAGGAGAAACACGAAACGGACCCUUUGCCUCUCCCCCUUCCCCUUUCCCGUCCUGAACCCCUCUCCUGGCCACCGAGAAUCAGUCCCCGUGGAGUUCCCCCUCCACCUCGCCAUCGUUUCCUCGGUCCUCGGCCCGGUGGAAGUCACUACCCUCGAGGAGGAGGCAGCGGCAGCCGCCCUCGCGUCGCCGCCCCCGGUUCGGUGCCCGCGGUCCCGGAGAGGAGGUGCCGCCGCCACCGCCGCUCCCCCCCUCCCGCUGCCCUCGGGCCGGGCUGGGUCGAGCUGCGAUGCCCUCGGACUUCAUCUCAUUGCUCAGCGCGGACCUAGACCUGGAAUCGCCCAAGUCCCUGUACUCGCGAGAUUCUCUGAAGUUACACCCAUCACAGAAUUUUCAUAGAGCUGGACUAUUGGAAGAAUCUGUCUAUGAUCUUCUCCCAAAGGAGUUACAGUUACCUCCAUCUAGAGAAACAUCUGUAGCAUCAAUGAGUCAGACAAGCGGUGGUGAGGCAGGCUCGCCUCCUCCAGCUGUUGUUGCUGCUGAUGCUUCUUCAGCUCCCUCCUCUUCCUCCAUGGGCGGUGCUUGCAGCUCCUUUACCACCUCUUCCAGCCCUACCAUUUAUUCUACCUCAGUCACCGACAGCAAGGCUAUGCAAGUGGAGAGCUGCUCCUCAGCCGUGGGGGUAAGUAACAGAGGGGUAAGUGAAAAGCAGUUAACCAGUAACACAGUUCAGCAGCAUCCAUCAACACCGAAGAGGCACACAGUCUUGUACAUCUCACCACCACCUGAGGACUUGCUGGAUAACAGUCGGAUGUCCUGCCAGGAUGAGGGGUGUGGAUUGGAAUCUGAGCAGAGCUGCAGUAUGUGGAUGGAGGAUUCCCCCUCCAACUUCAGUAACAUGAGCACCAGUUCCUACAAUGAUAACACUGAGGUACCUCGUAAAUCACGAAAACGAAAUCCAAAGCAGAGGCCGGGGGUCAAACGACGAGAUUGUGAAGAAUCUAAUAUGGAUAUAUUUGAUGCCGACAGUGCCAAAGCACCUCACUAUGUGCUUUCUCAGCUUACCACGGACAACAAAGGCAACUCAAAAGCGGGAAAUGGAACAUUGGAAAACCAAAAAGGCACUGGAGUAAAGAAGAGCCCUAUGUUGUGUGGACAAUAUCCUGUUAAAAGUGAGGGAAAGGAGCUGAAGAUAGUUGUACAACCUGAGACACAGCACCGAGCUCGGUACCUGACUGAGGGCAGCCGCGGCUCAGUAAAAGAUAGAACACAGCAAGGCUUUCCUACAGUAAAGCUGGAAGGCCAUAAUGAACCUGUAGUGUUGCAAGUGUUUGUGGGUAACGACUCUGGACGAGUGAAACCACAUGGAUUUUAUCAGGCCUGCAGGGUAACUGGACGAAAUACAACUCCUUGCAAAGAAGUGGACAUUGAAGGCACUACUGUUAUAGAAGUCGGCCUUGAUCCUAGCAACAACAUGACACUGGCGGUGGACUGCGUAGGGAUAUUGAAAUUGAGGAAUGCUGAUGUUGAAGCCAGAAUAGGAAUUGCUGGUUCCAAGAAAAAAAGCACUCGUGCCAGAUUGGUUUUUCGAGUUAAUAUCACAAGGAAAGAUGGCUCCACUUUGACACUGCAAACACCCUCUUCUCCAAUUUUGUGUACUCAGCCAGCAGGAGUGCCAGAAAUCUUAAAGAAAAGCUUGCAUAGCUGUUCAGUGAAAGGAGAAGAAGAAGUAUUUUUAAUUGGCAAGAACUUUCUGAAAGGAACUAAAGUUAUUUUCCAAGAAAAUGUUUCUGAUGAAAACUCUUGGAAGUCAGAAGCUGAAAUUGAUAUGGAAUUAUUUCAUCAGAAUCAUCUUAUUGUGAAAGUUCCCCCCUAUCAUGACCAACAUAUAACUUUGCCUGUGUCAGUGGGAAUAUAUGUAGUGACGAAUGCUGGAAGAUCUCAUGAUGUUCAACCAUUCACUUACACUCCAGACCCAGCAGCAGCUGGUGCUUUGAAUGUAAAUGUGAAGAAGGAAAUAUCUAGUCCAGCAAGACCUUGCUCUUUUGAAGAGGCCAUGAAAGCAAUGAAAACUACUGGAUGCAAUUUAGAUAAGGUAAAUAUUAUCUCUAAUGCCCUGAUGACUCCACUCAUACCAAGCAGUAUGAUUAAGAGUGAAGAUGUUACUCCAAUGGAAGUAACAGCAGAAAAAAGAUCUUCCACUAUUUUUAAGACUACAAAGUCAGUUGGAUCAACUCAGCAAACAUUAGAAAACAUCUCAAACAUAGCAGGAAAUGGCUCUUUUUCAUCACCAUCAUCUUCCCACCUACCUUCUGAAAAUGAAAAACAGCAGCAGAUUCAGCCCAAGGCAUACAAUCCAGAGACCCUGACAACUAUUCAAACUCAGGACAUCUCACAGCCUGGUACUUUUCCAGCAGUUUCUGCUUCUAGUCAGCUGCCCAACAGCGAUGCACUAUUGCAGCAGGCUACACAGUUUCAGACAAGAGAAACUCAGUCUAGAGAGGUAUUACAGUCAGAUGGCACAGUGGUUAAUUUGUCACAACUGACUGAGGCGUCACAACAGCAGCAGUCACCACUACAAGAACAAGCACAGACUUUACAGCAGCAGAUUUCAUCAAAUAUUUUUCCAUCACCAAGUAGUGUGAGUCAGCUUCAGAAUACUAUUCAGCAGCUGCAAGCAGGGAGUUUUACAGGCAGUACUGCUGGUGGCAGCAGUGGAAGUGUUGACUUGGUCCAACAAGUUUUAGAGGCACAGCAACAGUUAUCUUCAGUUUUAUUUUCUGCUCCAGAUGGUAAUGAGAAUGUUCAAGAGCAGCUUAGUGCAGAUAUUUUUCAACAAGUCAGUCAAAUUCAGAGUGGUGUAAGCCCUGGAAUGUUUUCCUCAACAGAGCCAACAGUCCAUACCAGACCAGAUAAUUUAUUACCUGGAAGAGCUGAAAGUGUUCACCCACAGUCUGAAAACACGUUAUCUAAUCAACAGCAGCAGCAGCAGCAACAGCAAGUGAUGGAAUCUUCAGCCGCAAUGGUGAUGGAGAUGCAACAGAGUAUCUGCCAGGCAGCUGCUCAGAUUCAGUCAGAGUUAUUCCCUUCAACUGCUUCAGCAAAUGGAAACCUUCAGCAAUCGCCAGUUUACCAGCAGACUUCUCACAUGAUGAGUGCAUUGUCUACCAAUGAGGAUAUGCAAAUGCAGUGUGAAUUGUUUUCUUCUCCUCCUGCAGUUUCUGGAAAUGAAACUUCUACAACUACCACACAGCAGGUUGCAACCCCUGGCACUACCAUGUUUCAGACAUCAAGUUCAGGAGAUGGAGAAGAAACUGGAACACAAGCAAAACAGAUUCAGAACAGUGUCUUUCAGACCAUGGUCCAAAUGCAACAUAGUGGGGACAAUCAACCUCAAGUUAACCUUUUUUCAUCCACAAAAAGUAUGAUGAGUGUUCAGAAUAGUGGUACCCAACAACAAGGUAAUGGUUUAUUCCAGCAAGGGAAUGAGAUGAUGUCACUUCAAUCUGGAAAUUUUUUGCAGCAGUCUUCUCAUUCACAGGCCCAACUUUUUCAUCCUCAAAAUCCUAUUGCCGAUGCUCAGAACAUUUCCCAGGAAACUCAAGGUUCUCUCUUUCAUAGUCCAAAUCCUAUUGUCCACAGUCAGACUUCUACAACCUCCUCUGAACAAAUGCAGCCUCCGAUGUUUCACUCUCAAAGUACCAUUGCUGUGUUACAGGGCUCUUCAGUUCCUCAAGACCAGCAGUCAACCAACAUAUUUCUUUCCCAGAGUCCCAUGAAUAAUCUUCAGACUAACACAGUAGCCCAGGAAGCAUUUUUUGCAGCACCGAACUCAAUUUCUCCACUUCAGUCAACAUCAAACACUGAACAACAAGCUGCUUUCCAACAGCAAGCUCCAAUAUCACACAUCCAGACGCCUAUGCUUUCCCAAGAACAGGCACAACCCCCCCAGCAGGGUUUAUUUCAGCCUCAGGUGUCCCUGGGCUCCCUUCCACCUAAUCCAAUGCCUCAAAGCCAACAAGGAACCAUGUUCCAGUCACAGCACUCAAUAGUUGCCAUGCAGAGUAACUCUCCAUCCCAGGAGCAGCAGCAGCAGCAGCAACAGCAGCAGCAGCAGCAGCAACAACAACAACAGAGCAUUUUAUUCAGUAAUCAGAAUACCAUGGCUACAAUGGCGUCUCCAAAGCAACCACCACCAAACAUGAUAUUCAACCCAAAUCAAAAUCCAAUGGCUAAUCAGGAGCAACAGAACCAGUCAAUUUUUCACCAACAAAGUAACAUGGCCCCAAUGAAUCAAGAGCAACAGCCCAUGCAAUUUCAGAGUCAGUCCACAGUUUCCUCACUUCAGAACCCGGGUCCUACCCAGUCGGAAUCAUCACAGACCCCCUUGUUCCAUAGCUCUCCUCAGAUUCAGUUGGUACAAGGGUCACCUAGUUCUCAAGAGCAGCAAGUAACACUCUUCUUAUCUCCAGCAUCCAUGUCUGCCUUGCAGACCAGUAUAAAUCAACAAGAUAUGCAACAGUCUCCUCUUUAUUCCCCUCAGAACAACAUGCCUGGAAUUCAAGGGGCCACAUCUUCGCCUCAAUCACAGGCUACUUUAUUUCACAACACAGCAGGAGGCACAAUGAACCAACUACAGAAUUCUCCUGGCUCAUCUCAGCAGACAUCAGGAAUGUUCUUAUUUGGCAUUCAAAAUAACUGUAGUCAGCUUUUAACCUCUGGACCAGCUACAUUGCCUGAUCAGUUGAUGGCCAUAAGUCAGCCAGGCCAACCACAAAACGAGGGCCAGCCGCCUGUGACAACACUUCUUUCUCAGCAAAUGCCAGAGAAUUCUCCACUGGCAUCCUCUAUAAACACCAACCAGAACAUCGAAAAGAUUGAUUUGCUUGUUUCAUUGCAAAACCAAGGGAACAACUUGACUGGCUCCUUUUAACUGGAUAUAAAUUCCACGAAGAAAAUCCUGAUUCCAAGAUGUCCUGAGAUCUUGUGGUUCCAUGAGAAUUAUUACUUUAAAAACAAAAUAUGAAAAACUGUAUUUGAGUAAAUUGAUAGAUUUUACUCUGACUGCAAAAGAGCACACCUAUGCUGCUUGUUGCAGUGACUAACCACCAAUGUUAACAUCUUCAUAUUUUGUAUUCCUAAUAACAGUGAUGACUGAGAAUCUAUUUGAGUUUCCAGCUGGCAGAAUUAAUUGUUAUUAUUUUCCUAGGCGCAAUUUCCUUAAACGUACAGUUUAAAUUUGAGGCUGGACCACUCAGUUAUUAUUGCUAUUAGAAAAUAAUAUAUAAUGUUUACUUUCGUUCUUCAUUAUUUUCUUUCCUGCAUUGUUUUAGUCAAGUAAUGGCUUUUGAAAAAGUAAAGUUCAAUAAUAACUAAGGCUGUGAUUUGUUUCAAUAUAAAAGGCACAGCUGUUGGCCAAAGUGAAGGAAUCUUUUUUCAGUUUUAUUGGAGAAACUGAAGGGGUAACAUUCUAACAAGUAAACUGUAUAUGCAGAUAAAAGUACUCUUGAUUUAACACAAAGGCAGAUGAUACACUUAUAAAACUGGGAACAGCUGGAAUGCUAUUGAUUUUAUUUUUUCAGAGAGCUGUUAGUUCUCUGGGUUUCUACUAAGGGGUUUAGCCAUAACUGUGCAUAGAAAAAUAAUUAUCUUUAUCUGUAAAAAAUGAAGGGGAUAAUAUAUGAUAAAUUAUGUUCUGAUAUCCUCCUACAGUAGUUUAAAUUGACAGAAAAAUUUGAGUGUUUUCUUCUAAAUCCAGUCUUAGGCUGGUAUUCCCUUUUUAUAUAUAUCUAUAUUACUUUUCACCUCUUUUUCACUUUAGAGAACUAUUAAUAUACUACUGGCUUCAUGACCCUGUAGCAUCUUUGGCCACUUUAAUCUAGGGUGACCUAGCAAUCCUGAAGCACAGGGCAGAGAGUACUUUCUUAGGAAUUAUUGGGAGUUGAUUCCUGAGAAACAACACAUUUUUCCCCAUGAACGGUGCUGUUCUGAAGUCUUCAAAUUUUUCCCGCUAAUAGGAAACAGUAUAAAUUUUAAUUAAAAACAAAAAAGGCAAACUAAAAUUUCUUGAAACAUCACUUCUCCCUGAUCUGCAGUGAGUAUAAAUUCACUUGUCACCUCAGUGCUUUACAGUUUGAAGUGGUCAUUUACCUGAUGGUUCCCACAAGCCUUAGGCUUUACAGGGUUGUAUCAUUGACUUAAAAUGAAGAAUUAACUUGUGUUACAUCUAUAAAGAGCAAAAUAACACACUCCAGAACUUGGCAGUUGUAGCAUUAGUUAUACAGUUUUGGGUGUUCUUGCCACCCGUGGGAUGCCUGCUUCUCACUACCACCUGUGUCUGGACACAUGUUUAUGUCUCAUUUUCCUUUUGGCAUGUGGAAAGCUGUCAAUGCAGUGUAAGGCCAACAUGUGUGUGGCUUCUAUGUGUUGAGAUAAUGUUUUGGUAUCCUUGUCCGUUUCAUUUAUUUUUUAAGUGUACAAAAAAUAACCUGUUAAUUGUUGAAGGCUACUUUUCUGUUCUUUUGUUGUUGUUGUUCUAUCCUGUACAUUUAGUUGAACUGUGUGGAAUUGUGGUGUUGGUUUUGUUUAUACAGCCAGAUUUUUCCUUCUUUUUUUUUGUGAUGAUCUUCCUUUGUUCUUCGAAUGUGCUCUUUUGUCUUUUUCUCUUUUAUCUCAUGUUUUCUUCCUUCCACUUCCACCCCUUUCUUUCUUUCUCUCUCUGAUUGAGAGGCAUUGAAUUACGUUUUCAGUAGUACAGGCUUCUUGCCGAUAUGAAGGGAACUUUUCAGAAAGAGACCUACUCUGGGUCAUUUAAUUUUGAAUACAGUUUUCAAUCGUUCAAGUUUUGGAUGGUUUAUAUCUAAUGUGUGUUUCAUUUUUUUGGAAAGCUAUAUUUUGUAUUUAGGAAAUGGUAUACUAUUUUGCUAUUUGUACUGAGUGAGUACAUUGGCAUAAAUAUAGAAAUUUAUAUAUAUACAUAUAUAUAAACUAUUCUUUUUUGCCACACAUUUUUGUGGUAAAUUUGUGAGUUUGUCUGAUGUUCUACCACAACGUGGCGUCUGAUAACAGUGAGGGGGGGUGGGGUUUGUUAUGUCUUUAUUGAGUAUUUAAGUAUCUUUUGAAACAAAUGACAUGUUCAUCUGUGGCCAUUCCAUCAGGCAGUUCCUUGAUGUCAGUAGUGGGCUAAAGGCAGCUUACUGUGUGUUUGCUGGAGCUUUCACUCAGCCAAGUGUUAGAGUCAGGAAACCCAUUGAGGCAAUGGCAUCAAAUGGUGUUUCACAAGAAUGAGCCAUUCAGUCUUUGCUCACUAUAUAUUUAAUAUUUUAUUAUUGUUGUUAUUGUUAUUAUUAAUUGGCUUUCUGUAUUCUAUGCCUUUUAUUUAUAAAGACACUAAGAAAACCCAUGUUUGUAAUUUUAAUAACAUUUUUCCCAUCUUGUAAUAUCCAGAGCUACUUUAUAAAUUCUCUGAACCAAAA